UCACCAGAAGCGCUACAGACACAGCGCACCACCACCGUUGUUGUUAUAGUAGUGAAUAAUGGCGGCAGCGGGAGGGGGAUUAUCAUCUCCCGCUAAUGGCGCUUGUUCCAGCACGCCGGCCGUAGCCCGGGCCCGUUUCCCGGGCCGGCCAUGGACAUCUCGUAUUCGGCUACGAUCGGAGAAACGUCCGCAGCGGGGAAGGUUGGGCUCGGAAAGUGGAGGGAUAGUCACUGGAGGCCGGAGGCCCAUCAACAUUGGACUAACGUUGAGCGAGGACCCGUCACUGCUGCGUUUACUCGGGAUUGCUGAUAAACAUAGGCGCCAGAGAGACGCGGGUUUCUACUCAAGCGGGAGUGGAGAGGAUGAUGAUUUCCCUGGGUUUGGGACUGAAUACCGGCCAACACUCUCAGCACACAAUAUCUCUGAAAGCAGGCCUCUCCAAUUAUCAUUUUUGAAGCCAGAAAAUCAUCCCCCAGCUCCAGAACUUACAGCAAAGCUUGAGAAAAGUGGAGUGAAGGGCUCCAAAGAAGACCCUAAAGUUGGAGAGGGUCAGGAAGACGAAAACGCUGUGAAACCCAAAAUAAUUGCCAAACUGUCAGCCCAAGAAAUGUCUCCCAGUUCUGGGAUUAAAUCUAGAGGAAAGCAGACUACUGGGACAAAGGCCUCAGAAGGCAAUGGCAGUGCAAAAUCAAAUGGUUCCAACAGAAAAAGGGGAAGGAAGGUGGUGGAAUUGUCUUCAACAGCCAGAAAGAGGAACAGGCAAGACCAAACAACAAAGGUGGGCAGGGGAGGCUCAGGGUCCAGCACAGCCCGACCCCAAACCAGCAGAGACAAGCAGGGAAAACUGGUGUGGACCCUGACAGUGGUCAAGGGCAAAGGGAAGGCCUCCAAGAGCAAAGAGGCCAGGGAUGUAACAGCAGGCAAAACCGAACCAGACCAAUCUGAGCCACAGAUGUCUGGGAAGAGAAGAGGAUCUCAGCAAGACCAAACAGGCCAAACUGGUGUGGACCCUGACAUUGGUCAAGCGCAAAGGGAAGCACUGUCCCCUAAACCUGUGAAUAAGCAGCAGCAGAGGAGGAGAGUGUCCAAGGGAACAGGGGAAUCCCUUGAGGCUGGAGCUGAGAUGGAGCAGAAUCCAGCAAUGUCACUGGAAAGAAAGAAACCAACACAGUAUAAGCGCAAGUCGAUAUUUGGCCACAGGAGGAAGCCCGGGAAUGUGGAGAGGCUUAGUACGCCAGAGUCUGUUGUGAAACGCUUUCGUCGUAAGUUUGUAUUCUACACUUACGUGCCAGAGUACCACCCAGACCCAGUGAAGCAGGAGGGAAAUGAGCAGCAGCCGCAGGGGGAGAGCACUAGGACAGAGGGCGAGCCUCUCCUGUCCCCUGGAGAGCUCGAGCAGGGAGCCAGCAGUAACUUCUCCUCGCCUGUGGUGAGCGCCAGAUCUUCACGUGUCAUCAAGGCACCCAAGAGGUUCCUCAAUGACGAGAUAAUAUCCUGGCCCAGGGGCUCCCUGAAAAAGAAUAGCCAAGGCAAGGUGAAGGAGGAAGAUGCCAUGAGCCUAUCCUUCAAUGAUGACAUUGACCACUUGUCUCGAACUCCAGGUCAAAAUGAGUUCAAACCUAAAGUUUCGGGCUCAACUGGUAAAAAAACACUUCAGACCAGCCUGUCCUCAACCCUGUCUGUGAAGGACCCGACGCUCAGCCCAGGCUCAUCCCACCUCGAGGUCUACGAGAGACUCAAGAAGCUGACCCUCAGCCUGGCCCAGAAGAAGAAAGGCCUUGGUGCUGCUGAGGGUGAAACGGCAGAAGAAGAAGAAGAAGCCCAGGAGGACCGGAGUUUGACCUCGCCGGUUAGGAAGAGAGGGAGGUCCAAGCUGAAAAUGGAGGACCUCAACUCUCCCGGGGUUGUGAGGAAGCUGGCUGUGCAGGUCCGUAACGCUGCCGCUGCAUCCCAAGCUGCAUCAUCUGUGACUAUGGAGGAGGCAGCAAACGACGCAGAACAUUUCCAAGGAGCAGAGUCCGCACCUGAAGGAGUUUACGAAGGAGUGAGCCAGGCUAAUGGGGGUGAUGAUGGGGUGGUGGUGGAACAGGGGGGCACCAGCCAUCGUAUCAACCUCACCGGCACCAACAAGAGGAUGUUCCAUCUGCUGAAGAGGGCCAAGGUUCAGCUCAUUAAGAUCGACCAGCUGAAGAGAGCCAAGUUGCAGCUGGUAAAGAUUGACCAGCAAAGGCCAAUGAAGUCAUCACAGCUCCUGUCUGGAUCUGUAAAACUCAGUCCCAGAGAUUUAAGAGUUGGAGGGGGGAGGAGGAUAGGAGGCUCUGCUCAGGACCAGCUCCUUGGUGGUCCACGCAUCAAGCAUGUCUGUCGGGCAGCAGCGGUGGCGUUGGGGCAACCCCGUGCCAUGGUGCCUGACGAUAUCCCCAGGCUUAGCGCUCUGCCCCUCCAUGAGAGAGAGGGCAUCACCACCUCACCAGCUGUAGAAGACAUUGCUGAUGACCCCUCUGAUCAGGAAAUCGAGCACACUCAGGAGCACAAGAGGACAAGACAGAAGCACAAGUACAGCAAGCAGCGCAAGUUAAAGCGGAACUAUAGCGAGGUUGGUCCUGGGGGUCGUGCCACCCGCUGUGGGUCCUGCCAGGGCUGCCUCCAUGAGGGUGACUGCGGCACCUGCUUCAACUGCCUGGACAAGCCCAAGUUUGGAGGGCCCAACACCAGACGCCAGUGCUGUGUGUUAAAGCGAUGUGUUCGGAUUGAGGCGAGGAAAGUAAAGCGUGGCAUGAAGGCAUUCACAGUCCUUUCAAGGCGGCGACGCAGGUCAUCAGCCAAUGUGUUUAAGUCCAAUGAUGACGAGGGGUCGGUGUCCUGGGAGGAUGGAGAGGCAGAGGAGGGGUUGGACCCGGCAACCCCUGGAGACUGCCUGAGCCUUUCCACCAGAAAGCAGCCAAGGCGGAACGUGACACCUCGCUCCUACAGCAGCCUGCUGAAGUCCGACUCGGACGAGGACAUGGGCGGAAAAGCAGCAGUCAAGAGUCCUGUAAAGAAUCCUGUCGCCCCAAGCAACCAAGCUCCAGAGGAGGGCCCAGUGCCCAGUGAAGUUGUAAGGCACCGCAGACCUGGGCCACCCAAAGGACUGCUGGGCCGACGCAGAGCCGACAAGAACGCUGCAGAACACACACCAACUAACAUCCUCGCCACGCUAAUCAACGGAUUCCCCCAAAAGGGCCACUUGAAGACCGGGAUGCACAGGAUCCGCGUAGACUUUAAGGAGGACUGUGCCGUCCAGAACGUGUGGUUGAUGGGCGGUCUGAGUAUCCUCACCUCCAUCCCAGUCACCCCUCAUCCUGUCUGCCUGCUCUGUGCCAGCAAAGGACACCAUGAGAUGAUCUACUGCCAGGUGUGCUGCGAACCCUUCCACAGCUUCUGCCUCUGGCCUGAAGAGCGACCCCAGGAGGAGAACAAAGAGAACUGGUGCUGCCGCCGCUGCAAGUUCUGCCAUGUGUGCGGCCGCAAGCACAAGAACAACAAGCCUGUGUUGCAGUGCAGGAGGUGUCAGAACUGCUACCACCCCUCCUGUCUGGGACCCACCUACCCAAAGCCCAUCAACUGUAACAUGCCCUGGGUGUGUAUGACGUGUAUCCGGUGUAAGAGCUGUGGAGUGACCCCAGGGAAGACCUGGGACAUGGCCUGGAACCACGAGCAGGACCUCUGUCCCGAUUGCAGCACCCUCCACCUCAAAGGGAACUUCUGCACUAUCUGCUCCAAGUGUUACGAGGAGAACGACCACAACAGCCAGAUGAUGGAGUGCUCCAGGUGUAGCCACUGGGUACAUUCUAAAUGUGAAGGACUCUCUGAUGACCUAUAUGAGAUCAUGUCCAGCCUAUCAGAGAGCGUAGUGUACUCCUGUACACCCUGCAGCCAAUCACAGCCCAGCUCCUGGAAGGGUGAGCUGAAAGACAGGCUGAGGGCGGGGCUAGAGAAGGUGCUGGCCAACCUUCUUUCUGACUCCUCUGCCCAGCACCUGAUCACCUGCAGGGAGUGUGAGGAAUCCACAGAACCAGAUGCUUUCAGGGACAAACACCAGCCCAUCUGCGACCUGCAUGCUGUGGGUCAAAAAUUUGAAGGGCACCAGUACACUUCACUGAAAUCAUUCCAUGAGGAUGUUGUCAUGGUGAUGAGGAAGUGGUUGAAGGAGGAGGAGUCUCUCCCUGAGGGCCUGAGUCCCACCUGUUUGGCCAGGUCUCACUACCUGAAGUUGCUGGAGGAGACUUUCAGUUGGUUUCAUAGCCAAGAUCAGAAAAUGUGGGACCCACUCUCCAAAGAUUUCCCAAGUGGUAUGCUCCCCGAGGCAGUUCUUCCUCCAUCUAUGGAGCACAGCUAUGCACAGUGGCUGGAGAGGACGUACCAAGUUACCAGUGGUUCAGGCUUUCUCCAGCAGGGGAACAGCGUCCCUCCCCCAUCCUCAGGUACCACCCAUCAGCCCUGGGCGCUGGAGGUCCUCCCACUCAAAUCCCAAGGUACAAAUGGUGCUGUAACCGGGGCCCUGGAACUCGACCGGACCAAAGAUGAGAGACAGUGUGCACUCUGCCAACAGUGUGGUGACGCCACACCCAACGACGCGGGCAGACUGCUGUACCUGGGGCAGAACGAGUGGGCCCACGUGAACUGCUGCCUGUGGUCCGCUGAGGUGUACGAAGACAACGGAGCUCUGCUCCAAGUACACAGUGCGGUCUCCAGGGGGCGCCACAUGCGCUGUGAGCGUUGUGGCCAGGCGGGGGCGACGGUGGGCUGCUGUCUCUCGUCCUGUCAGAGUAACUACCACUUCAUGUGCGCCCGCGCCCGCAACUGUUUCUUCCAGGAGGACAGGAAGGUCUUCUGCUCCAGGCACCAUGACCUCGUCAGUGAGAAGAUGGUGUCUGGGAAUGGGUUUGAAGUUCUCCGGCGGGUCUACGUGGACUUCGAAGGGAUCAGCCUCCGUAGGAAGUUUCUGACUGGCCUGGAACCAGAGUCUAUAAAUAUGACCAUCGGCUCUCUGCAAAUUAACAGGCUGGGUGUGCUGACUGAACUAUCAGCCAAUGGAGCGAGGUUGUGUCCUGUCGGCUAUCAGUGCUCUCGGCUGUACUGGAGCACAGUGGACCCUCGUCGGCGCUGUAAGUACACCUUUAAGGUGACAGAGGUGUGUUCUCCACUCGAAGAGAAGCCAGGGGAACCACUGUGGUGGGACCAGGAGGAGAACCGAACCAUAGCCCACAGCCCCAGCUACUAUCAAGAAAUGGAGAUUCCAGAGGCUGUGUUGAGUCCUCCGCCCAUUGAGGUAUCUCCCAGCACCACCCAGUCUCCCCUGAAACAGGAGACGGGGGCCAAAACCCCUGGUUACUCACAAACCAGGAGACCAGCAGGAGGAACAUCUCGACCUCUUCCCUCCCCAGGGAGUGCCAUGUCCAAAUCCCACCACAUCUUGACUCUCAGAGACCUGGACGAUACCCGCCGGCCGCGUCGCCUGUCUCUGAGCUGCCACUCAGGGGACUCCUCCUCCCCCACCGACGUCCUCGCGGGACCAAUGACACUCCGUUCAGGGGGCACCCUCCACCCCAGGUCCCUCCCCUUCAGUUCCCCUCCCAGAACCAACGAAAACCUCCUGAGUUCCCCUCGGCAAGUACGACCUCUUGCUGGCUCCUCCAGCUGGGGUUCCCCUCCCUUGUCCCCCUCCAGUCUUACCCACCCUUUCUCACUGCGGCCUGGCACCGCCGGCAGCCCUCCCUCCAACCUCCAUCUGGCCAUCCGCCACUCCUCCAGGAUCAGACAGCCAUUCAAAAUCCGAACUCCAGUGUCCGCUGAGGUGCCACAGUACUUCUUAGCUUCGUCCGAGCCAGAGAAAGCAGAGGUGGCGCCCUCAAACGGGAUCACAUUGACAGCAAAUAACAUGGAGGAAGACACAGACGUCAGCCCCCUGAUGUCGGAUCAGGACUUGCCCUUCACAACAUUCGAAGUGGCGGACGCAGACGUUGCGGUGGCCUCUGUGCUAAAUGCCAAACUGGAGUUUGACGAGGCCUUGCUGAACGAGACUGUGGCGCUUCACUGUGGAGGGUCCCAUACAGGUGGAGGAGAUAUGGAAGAGGAGGAGGCACUAGUGGAGGAGACCCAGACUCAGGGUAGGGGCAAUAUGGACGCCAACAAGGCCUCAGUAUUCACCAAAGACAUAGCCUCUAAAGAUGAUCUGGAGAACGGUUCCUCAGACGAAGACAUGGAUCACUACUUGAAGUUCUCUCGUACGGUGGUGGUGUGCGAAGCCUCCAAGGACUCAGGGCAGGAAGGUCUCCCUCUCACCCCACCACUUCCUACGUCUCAGUCCAUUGCUCAGCUUGACGGAGCGGAUAAUGGCUCUGAGAGUGACUCAAGUGAGGCUACUGGCGAUCAGGAAGAAACUCAGGAAGAGGGGAAGAGUGGGGAAGCUCAGGGGGCUGACAGUCAAGAAGUGUUUGAAACCUGUGACCCAAAUAGCGACAUGAUGUCUUUUGAAGAGGAGGUUCUGAUGGACUCUGACCAAACGGAAUCCCAGAAUGAGGUUCUUCUGGACCCAAGUAGUGGCCAUUUUGUUUCAGCUGACGACGGCACCAGAGUGUACCUGGCCAAUAAUAAAAAACCAGCUCUUGAUGACAGCGAUAGCGACAGCUCUGGCUCCUCUACAGAUUCUCUCUUUGGAGUGGACGACGAAAUGGGAGACCCAGACUUCGAGCCGGAACCCAAACCCAAACCCAACCCAAAACAUCUUGUAAAAACCAUCAAAGUCAUGCAACGCCCUAGUCCUGUGAGCAUGAAAACUAUUCCUCCUAAACCCACACCAACACAGAAGAAAAUCAUCAGGGUGUCCCUACCUUCUGCACCUGCUCUGCCUCUGAAUGUCGCCUCCUCUUCCCCACCCAUCAUUGUUCGAAGCGUUCCAAGGACCGUCCCCUCCACCGCUUUUCCGACCCCGUUUGUAAUAAACGGCAUGAACUCUAUACCCUUCCAGACAGGGGCCACUAGGGGCAGAGCUAUCGCUAUCCGCCUGGCCACCCCCAGACAAGAAGUUCAGCAGCAACUGACGGCCACUAUUCUGUCCGGUGCCUCCAACUCAGCCCCGUCCCCGCAAGUUCUGCUAGUCAACCGUCAAGGUCAGAUUCUGAUGAAAGAUCCAAAUACCAACACUUUCCAGACGGUCAGCACCAGUUCUCCGUCCUACAGCCGCAUCAGCCAGAUCGCCAAAAUGAUCCACAGCAGUGGUGCCCUGCCACGGGCAGUUCCCCAGGUUGUGGUCGUACCCUCUACGUCAACACCCUCACCACGGACAGCAGUCUUCCAUAGUUCACAUCUCAUCACCACUAACAGAAACAACACCACCACAUCAACCACCAUCUCUAACAGAAACAUCACACCAGCAAGCAACACCAACCUCCUGAUCAGGGCCCCACAGAGUUUGCAUGAUGGGCGAGUGCUGGUCCAAGCCAUGCCCAUGAUGAGUGGGGCAAAACCAGUGGGGGUCAAGUGCGUCUCUUUGCCUGGCAACCAGGCCCAAGCUAUUUUAGACAGAGCCAUGGCUACUCAUCGCGAGCCCUCUCGGAUACGGCCUAAUAUCCUCAGGGUGAGCCCGUCUCAGCUGAGCCCAUCCCAGUUUCAGGUCCACCCCUUCCUCAACAAACUCCAGUCCCCUGUAGCCAUUUCUGCCGCUCCUGGACAGAUGCUCCGUCACGAGCCGGCCAUCGUACCCGAGUCUCAGUCCCAGGUCCGCGUUAAGAGAGUGUCCUCCGUCGCUGAGCGUCCCGGCAAGAAGAAAUGCAAGACUGAUUUCCUCCCGCAGUUGCCCUCUAGUGACGUGGAUGACCUAGAUGGCAGCAGAAAUAGUGGUGUUCGAAUCAAAGCCCCAACAAUGAAAGAUGUGCUGGAUCUGGACCAGGAGAAGGUUGAGCUCAAGGUCAUCCCACCACCACAACCUGAGAAUAUCAGACCCCCUCCCAUACCUCAGAUGGAGCGUCAGCCCAACAGCAGCACCACUCAGAGUAGCAGCGACAUCCAUGGGAAAACCCAUGUGUGGGUCAGCGCACGCCAUGGAGAUCUCUCUGACUGGGGCCCCUACUCAGGUUUUAGCUCAGACGAGGACAUGCCGCCACCUAAACAGGACAAGACCAUGUUCGCCCACAGGAACCAGCCCCACCUGCGCUUUGAAAUCACCAGCGACGACGGCUUCCAUGUACAGGCAGACAGCAUAGAGGUGGCAUGGCGAGCGGUGAUUGACGGCGUCCUGGAGGCCCGAGCAGGGUUCCACCUGAAGGCGUUGCCUCUCGGCGGGGUGAGUGGGGCGCGCGUUCUGGGCCUGCUCCACGACGCUGUCAUCUUCCUACUGGAGCAGCUGCAGGGCGCCGCAGGAUGCAAGCAACACCGCUUUCGCUUCCACCGCUACGACACCCCUGACGACGAGCUGCCCAUCAACCCCAGUGGCUGCGCCCGCGCUGAGGUCUACUCACGGAAGUCAACCUUCGACAUGUUCAACUUCUUGGCAUCUCAACACAGACAGCUGCCUGACAUCAUGUCGACGCCAUGUGACGAGGAGGAUGAUGACUUCCCACUGAAAUCCACCAGACGAGCCACCAGCACAGAGCUUCCCAUGGCCAUGCGCUUCAGACACCUGGAGAAGACCUCCAAGGAAGCAGUGGGGGUUUACAGGUCUGAAAUUCAUGGACGCGGUCUCUUCUGCAAGAGGAACAUUGAGGCAGGGGAGAUGGUGAUCGAGUACGCAGGCAACGUCAUCCGUGCUGUUCUGACAGACAAGAAAGAGAAAUACUAUGACAGCAAGGGCAUCGGCUGUUACAUGUUCCGCAUUGAUGACUUUGACGUGGUCGACGCCACCAUGCACGGCAACGCCGCCCGUUUCAUCAACCACUCGUGCGAGCCCAACUGCUAUUCGCGCGUCAUCCUCGUGGACAGCCACAAGCACAUCGUCAUCUUCGCCCUGCGUAAGAUCUACCGCGGCGAGGAGCUCACCUACGACUACAAGUUCCCCAUUGAGGAUGAUGGCAGCAAGCUGCACUGCAACUGUGCCGCCAGGCGCUGCCGCCGCUUCCUCAACUAAAAGACCAGCCAAACACACCACGUUGGAGGAGUACUUGAAUUCAUAGAGGAGUAUGGACCAGGACACGAGGGGAAAAUGCAAUGAUAUGGCGAUAGGAGUGUUGCCAAUAAGUACUGAUGAAUUGGAGCCUCCUCCGUAGUUAGUUUAAUUUAAAGUCUGACUGAUAUGACGCAUUUUUAAUUUAAAGACUGACUGGUGGACAUUUUUGGGUUCUUUCCUACAGCAGGGUUUCCCAAACUCGGUCCUGGGGCCCCCUGGAUGCACGUUGUGGUUUUUGCCCUUGCGCUACACAGCCGAUUGAAAUAAUCAAAGCUUCAUGAUGAGUUGGAUAUUUUAAUCAGCUGUGUAGUGCUAGGGCAAAAAAGGAAAUGUGCACCCAGGGGGAGCCCCAGGACCGAGUUUGGAAACACCCUGUCCUAGAGGGCUUCUUGAGCCGCUCCCUCUGUCGCAGAAACCAAAAAGGGCGCCUAAUGAUACAACACGUUUGUGGUAUGAAGAGCUAUCAGUGUUUGUGAGACAAAAUGUCUACAGCUACAGGCAUUUAUUCUAGGCCUGCAAGCAACCCAGUUGAUUCAGACCUCAGUAAUUUUGUACACUGGUAACAUUACGUAAUCUCAUGGUCAACUCGCUUGGUUUGUCUACGUUCUUGACUCAAGUCGCCAAUGGCCUCUAAUAAAAAUGGAGCUAAACAUCCCACAGUUGUGGUGCUGAUCACUUGGACCAGAGAUGUGGUUGGUUAUGUACUUCAUUUCAGUUGUUUCUCAUCAGUCAAUUACUCUGUUUUAAAGAGGAAUUCCAUGUUAUUGUAGCUACGACAAUAGAAGGCUACAUUCAAGUGGAGGCAACUGAUUUUAGCACCUUAUUUUCCAUGGUCAUAAGCGCGAGCAUUGCUGUACAUAAAAGGCAAUGCGGACCUGUAAAUUGGACGAAGAAAAGCCCGUUUUAUUUUUUUACUUUGACCCAAGCCACCUCCAGUAUACAUUUUUAGAGCAGCUAUAUUUUAAUUGUCCAUUUCGAUGUUAUGGAGACCAUUAUAACAGUCUGCAUCCCAAAUUCCCUACAUAGUGCACUACUUUUGUCCAGGACCCAUAGGGGAAAAAGGUGAUGUACAAGACAGAACUGUUAUGAACAUGGGGCAAGUUCAGAUUGUUGCUCUUUUAUGAAGGUGCUGAUGAAAACUACCCAAAAGGUUUGCUUUUCACCUAUGUUUUUAAUGAAAUCCCUACAUGAUUAAAGGUACACUCAGCAAAAUGACGUUGCCACGAAUAGCAAGACUUCAAUCUAACAAAGUGUCUGCACAUGUGCGCACAAGUUCAGUUCCCAAGGUUACAGCGUGUUAGCAAGGGCACCAAAACAGUGACGGAAGUUGAACCUCGUUUUUAAGUGUUCUAGUUGUUGCGGAAAUUCACCCACUAUUAUGCUGUUUACUUUCUGCAUCUACAUCAUAUCGCUGAGUCUACCUUUUAAACAUGUUCUUCGCUCAUUUCUCCCCUGUACUUGAAAUUAGAAUGUCAUGCUUUAGAUCUGUGAAAACAUAUCUUGUGACGCACCCCUCUAGAAAGAAAUAAUGAAACAUGUUUUUAGUCUGCCAGGUAUACUUUUUUUCACUAUUGUUUUUGUGCCGUUUUGUUCAUGAUCUUCCAGACUUUAAUAUUGGGGAAAGUAAUAUGGUUUGGGGUGAGGGGAAAAAAUGCUUUGAUAGUACUCUACUCCCUUCCUAUCAUUUUACAACCCAAUUUGUAUAUGUAUUGUUGUAUAUUGGUAUAAAUGAAUAAUCAAAAUGCUAAUGAAAAUAAAUAAAUAUGUGUUGUCAAAUAUUAACCUGGUUUAUAUUCGCUACUGAACACCCACUAAUUUUAAACAGGGGCAUGAAACUUACAGUACAAUACCUGGUCGAAGCCUGUUCAGUUAGUCGUCCUUUAUCUUCUCUGUUUUCCCCUUCUACUUACCUGACAGUGACACUCCUCUCCCCUGUCUCUUGCGGGUGUACUACCUCUGUAGCUCACCAUGACAUAAACAAGAGAAGAUAAUGACUGUUACAGUAACUACUUCAGCCAGUGCUUGAGGUGCUGGAACUCAGUUUCUGUUUGUUCCAGCCCAAGUCAAGCAUUGACUGUAGCAUACCACUUCGAUUGCAUGGCCAAUCCGGCUUCGUUUUAAGUGAUAUGCUAAUAUGGAUAUUGUAACUUGUUCUUGGUUUCCAACUGGUGCUGUGCUGGCUCGAAUGUGCCACCCAAUUUAGGGCACUGAGCUGGCUGUGCAUGCAUCAACGGACACAAUCUACAUGUUUCGGAUUUUAGUUGGGGUUUGGAGGGGUCUCUGCCCCAGAGUAAUGAAUAAAUGCAGUUUGUUUUAUUUCUGUAGGAUUAUUUAAAUAUUUAAAAUAAAAAUGAAUCUCUCAUUGCGUGUUGAACAUGGUUCUGUUACCUUGGCACAAAGCAAACUUUGUCUGUACAUAGUUGUAUACAACAUUUCUAAACCUGUUACAUCUUUUCUACGCACUUUUUAUUUUAUUCUUGAUGUUCUUGGCUUAAUAAAGAUCUUGAAAGGUUUGA